AUGGCCUGGCUGUUGCCCGCCGCGGGGAUCGCGGCCGUCGUCGCCCUCGUCUACUACGUCACCAGUAGCAUCCGCAGCUACCUCCACCUCCGUCACAUUCCGGGCCCGCGGUGGGCCGCCUGGACAGACCUGUGGCUCGUGCGCGGCCAGCUCAGCGGGCAGCUCAACUUUACGCUGCAGUCGGUCAAUGAAAAGUACGGCAACCUGGCGCGCAUCGGCCGCAACUGGGUGGUGUGCGGCGACCCAGACGAGCUGCGGCGCAUCUGGGGCGUGCGGUCCAACUACAAGCGGGCGUACUGGUACCGCGGGCUGCGGGUGGACCCCUACCGCGACAGCACGUUUUCGACGCUCGACGACGCCGUGCACGACGAUCUGCGGUCAAAGCUGCUGCCCGGGUACGGCGGCAAGGACGUGGACAAUCUGCACGAAAACAUUGACGCGCAAGUGGCCGGGUUUGUGAAGCUGCUCGAGGACAAGUAUCUCUCGGUGGAGGGCGUGGGCGAGGGCGAGAGCGGAAACAGCGACAAGGCCAAGAACACGGGCGGCAAGGGCAUUUACAAAACCGUGGACCUCGCGCGCAAGGUGCAGUUCUUUACGCUCGACGUCAUCUCGGUGCUGGCCUUUGGCGAGUCGUUUGGGUACCUGGACGCCGACUUUGACAAGUUUGGCUACAUCCGCACCACCGAGAGCACCGUCCCCAUCCUCAUGUCGACGGCCAUUCUGCCGUGGAUCGUCGACACGCUGCAGUCGCCGUACCUGCGGCCCUUUUUGCCCAACGUCCGCGGCAUGGUCGGCAUCGGCACCGUCAUGACGCUGGCGCGCGAGGCCGUGGAUGCGCGCUACGGCGACCACGCCGUCGUCAAGCGCGACAUUCUGGGCUCGUUUGUGGCGCACGGCCUCGGCCGCGACGACGCCGAGGGCGAGGCCGUCGUGCAGAUCAUUGCCGGCUCCGACACGUCCGCCACGGCCAUCCGCUCGACGCUGCUGUACAUCAUCACCAACCCGCACGUCUACACGCGCCUGCAGCGCGAGAUCGACGAGGGCGUGCGCGCCGGCCGCAUCAGCAGCCCCAUCUCGGACGCGGAAGCCCGCAAUUUCCCCUACCUGCAGGCCGUCAUCCGCGAGGGCCUGCGCAUGUGGCCGCCCGCGACGGGCCUGCUGCCCAAGGUGUCCAAGGUCGACGACGUCAUCUGCGGCUACCGCGUCCCCGCCGGCACCUCGGUCGCCUGGGCGCCCUGGACGGUGAUGCGCAACAAGGCCGUCUUUGGCGACGACUGCGAGCUCUUCCGCCCGGAGCGCUGGCUGGGCGUCGCAGCAGACCACUACCGCGUCAUGGACCAGACGGUGAUGCUGGAUUUCGGCGGCGGCAGCCGCUAUGAGUGCCUGGGCAAGAACAUUGCCAUGAUCGAGCUCAACAAGGUGUAUGUGGAGCUGCUGCGGCGCUUCGACAUUGUGCUCGUCGACCCGGCGCACCCGUGGAAGUCGUUCAACGCGGCCUUUUUCAUCCAGAGCGACAUGAACGUGCGCAUCACGCGGCGAGCGGAGGCAGUGAAGGAGUGA